GAGAGUAUUUACAUCCGCCAUUAGUCAAGACACGACACGCUCACGUAGCCAAUUGGUUUCGUCACCGGAGAAGCUUCCAGUCUGUGUUAAUUAACAAGAUCCGGCAGCAUGGUGUGGGGUCAGAACCAGAGUCAACAGAACUAUGUGGGGCAGAUGGGCAUGGGGAAUAUGAACAUGCAGAGCAUGAGCUCACUUGGAAUGGGAGCAGGUGGGCGGGGCAUUUUAGGGGAACCCCCUGUGUCAGGCAGCAGCAUGGGCAUUAGUGGGUUCAGCAAUAUGCAAGGGAUGAUGGGCAGCAGCAGUAGCAGUGACAACAUUGACACCAUGAUCCAACAGCGACGUCUUCAACAGCAACUUAGUUUGAGAGAGUCCCAGCUGGCUUUGGCAAGCAACUUGCUGCAGAAACAGAACCAGCUGAUAAUGGAUGUGGGAAUGCCUCCAAACAUGGGUCCGAUGUUGCCAAGUCCAACCAGCAUGUCGCGGCCAAUGAUCCCCUCCUUGCUGGAUAUGCCAUCAUCACGUCAUGGCAAACGUUCAGUGCCAUCAGUGAACCGAGAUAUGGACAUCAAGCGUCGACGUAGGGAUUCGUCAUCCCCAAGUGACCACCAGAGGGGGCGAAACCGCAGCUCGGAUUUCGAUAGAAGGCGAGAUUUGGACCGUUAUUCUCCUAGUCGAAGACGAGAAGAACACACAAGUCGCAGGGAUCGACCUAGUCGCUUCAGUCGACGGGAUUCAGAUGAUUCCCACCGAAGGAGUCGGAAUGACAUGGAGGAGUAUGAUCCAGCCAGGCCGACUGGGGAUGAGAUGCCGGGGCUUGAGCUAGCAGAUGACAUUCGACGUGAUGAUCGCGGACAGAGGCCACCAGUCGGUGAGAAAUCUGCUUUCUACUGCCAUGUGUGUGACAUGGAGUGCUCCAAUGACCAGAACUUCCGUGCCCACAUGUCCAGUACAAGGCACAAGGAAAGGAUGUCCGAUGUCCUGGAAGUAACUGGCAAGAAGUCGAGUCACAUUCAGGCUCGCCUCAAGGCACAGGAACAUCUGAAGCGCAUUGAAAGUAACAGAGUUGGAUUCUGCAAGGUGUGUGAUCAGGAGCUGAGCAUCCCCUUCCUCCGACACAAGCUGACCACUCUCCACAAGAAACGGGAGAUGCAGGUGAGGAAGGGAUGUGGCUGGUGUGGCGUGAAAGAUUUCCUAAACUUCUCUGACGUCCUCAAACACAGAGAGAGACCAAUUCACAAGGAGAAUGCUGCUAAAUAUGGCAAGAAGCCCGAAGCUUAUGUUACGAAGAGGACCGACAGCAGAUCGGGGCGAUCCUCCGACCUGGUUACAGUGGAUAGUGUUGGUUACAGCAGGGAUGGAGGGGACAGGAAGUCGAGAUCAAGGACAACCCAAUCUGGAACUUCCAGAUUAAAUACGUCGGGUAAAUCUGACACCUCCCGAACUGGAACCUCGAAAUCGGGCAAAUCCGAGACUAAGGAUGUAGACUUGUGCCCUGAGCUGCAGUAUGAUGCAGAGACUGCUGUUGGUCAGAACUAUGUUAUUCCUGUGUCGGGUUUCUUCUGCAAGUUAUGUCACAAGUUCUACAACACCGAAACAGCCGCCAAGGUUACCCACUGUCAGUCACAGCCCCACUUCAACAUGUUCAAGAAGGCCAAAAAUGUUGCUAAGGCUAAAGCCAUGGCUUUGAAGAAGGCAUCAACCCCUGUCAGUGCUAAGGAUGAACCUAAAUCUGACCAUGAGACGGACAGUGCCCAGGCAGAGAAGACGGGGGAGGAACAAGAGCCUGCUGAAGAACAAGAGCCUGCUGAAAAGGUGAAAGAUGAGGAGGUUGAGGGCCAGGAAGAGGCAGACAAACAGAAUGGAGGAAACGAGGUUCAGGAGGAUAUGGUUGACACCGAGGGUCAAGGUGAAGCUGAGGAAGGUCAAGGUCAGGCUUCUGAAGCUGCUGAGGACUUUGACCAGGAUGAGGAAGCUAACGGAGAUAUGAUGGAAGAUGAUGAUUGUGCUGUGGAGGAAGAAAAAAAUUUGACGGAGGAAGAAGAGGAGGAGAAGCUAUUGGAGAAGGAUGAUGAUGAGUCGGAGAGUGGAUUAAUGCCCGAAGAUAUGAUGUUCAAUGUUGAUGAUGAAGACGAAGAUGAGGGUGAUGCUGCUAUUAUAGAUUUAGCAGAUGGGAGCUUGGAGACAGCAGGCGAAGAUAAGGACACUUCUGAUGUUGCAGAGACAUCUGUCCAAGAAACGGAGGAGGCUGUGGAGCAGGUGGUUGAAAAUGUUGAGAAUGUUGAGAGUGUUGAGAGUGAAGAUGCUCCAGCCAAUGAUACCCCUACAGCUGCUAGAGGGAGAGGGCGGGGAAGAGGGCGGAGAGGAAGAAGGGGACGAAAGUAAAGGAUCUGGGUUGACAUGUGAAUGGUAGGAUGUUUGGUGAGAGGAUGGUGUGUGAGGUGUGCGAAUUACCCUUGUUUUGUGAUAUGGACAUUUAAUGAAAUUUCUUUGUUAAACAUUGUCUCGUGUAUCUUUGGGGCUUGGUGGGAGGUAGAACAAGCAUUGUCAUAUCAUGUUUUAGUCUCCAAGAUGGCUGUCAAGGAUUUUUACUCACAAUCUGUUUCAUCAUCUGUCACAUUGCCUGCUUGUUUGAGUGACACCACAACAUGUUUAGGCCCGUGUUUUUUUCCCCCAUUGUUUUAACAUUGUUCUAAUAAUUACGUUGUUAAAUUUCUCCUCCAAAACAUUGCCAGCUGUAUAUUGCUUUCAUCCCUUAAUUAUGUAAUACAAGCCACUUAUUUGAUGCUUAUUUUGUAUGGGUUCAGAACAAAUCAUUUUCCCAGAAUUCCUUCAGAAUAUUCUCUUUGUAUAGCUGUAUAAUGUCGGUCCUCAGCCAGUUGUCUACAUAGUAGUCAUCACAUGUAAACAUCAUUCCCCUUGGACUGUCAGUAAUGUUCUGUAUAAUACUAAGUGACAAUUCCCUGUAAGCAUACAGUUCUACACAUUGUCACACUGAAUGUACUUAAUAUUUUUCACACCAAAGAUGAUACUGUCUCUGCUGCGACUUGCCAUAGUCAGUGUUUCCAUGGAAGUGUUUUGUUUCAAAGAUAUUUCUUUCGGCUUACUUCGAUUCAUUAGCCUUUUGGAAUUGCUUGCUUUAACAUAAACCCAUCUUCCCGAGGCAAGAUGGGUUUCUGACCAUAAAAGUCCAGUUUACCUCGCGAAGUGCAUCAAAUCAUGUGCACCUUGGUAAAAUAAUGAAAAGAUUUGCCAAAUAUCCUUACACCCAGUUGGUGGUCCACAUGCUUUGCAAAUCCUUCAGUCCACCGAAAUAUGCACGUUGAAACCCAUGUUGUUUACGACCUGGAUGUCUAGUUUGUUAUGCGAUCUGGAUUGGACUAUGCAUAGACUCGUUAGUCCAGACAAUGUGACCCAGGAGUUCCAGCCUAGUUCGGCAAGAGUGGAAACUCUAAUAGUCAGUUGACACCCUUUCCUCGGGAAGAUGAUUUAGCCAUGCUGAAAGUCGUUUAUUUGGUUGAGACUUUUCAGAUACGAGAAGUUUUAUUUUGUUCUUAUUGGUGUUACUUGUCAGUGAAUUCAUACUGAUCAAGAUUGUCAUUUCAUUGUACCAUUUCACCAAACGGUUGGAAAUUGUGUGAUGUAUAUUUCCACAAAAAUGAAUGGAUGUCGUGUAUUUUUCCACUUGGUUAUUAAUACUAAAUCGGUGAUAAUAAAUAUGAAUCAAAACCUGA